ACGUAUAUGGUGUACCGUUAGUAUGCAGAAAACCAUUUGGUCUUGAAAAGGGUGGCAACUUGGGGAAUAUCAAGAUAACAUCAUCUUCUAAAGCAGACAAUUCCCAUGAUGCAUCUGAUGGACGUCUCUAUGGUAAUACAUCAUGGUGCAGUAGGACAUCAUCAAACUCAGAGUACAUACAGAUUGACUUUGUGAAGAUGGUUACACUGACUGGUAUAGCUACACAGGGUUACCACACCAUGGAUAAAUGGGUCAAGACUUACAUCAUCAAAUACAGUAUCGAUGGAAUCCAAUGGAAUUAUCACCGAGAAGGCGGAAAUAGUGUCAAGAUCUUUCAAGGAAACAGUGACAGAAGUAGUAUUGCAGUCCGAUGGUUAAGUCAUCCACUCACAGUAAGAUAUAUCAAAGUGCAUCCCCAGACCUGGAAUACUGCAGUAUGUAUGAGAAUUGAAGUCUUUGGAUGCAAGUCUCCUUCUGCUCCAGAGAUAACCAAAUUGACAAAUCGAAACCUUACAGCAUCAAUUGGUAGCUAUGUCGAGUUGACGUGCCAGGUAAAGGAACCAUUAAUCCAGCACAUUCAAUGGUAUUCUAAUGGUACUGAUGUAACCAGUCUUUCUGGUGGUAUAACGCGGGAUGUUACCUCUGUCAAGUCUGUGCUACGAGUAAACUAUACCAAUGCUAUUGAUGUAACCAGGAAAUACCAGUGCUUCAAUAAAGUAAAUAUUAUGGUAUGCCGACGGAACUACGUGUGUAAGUCAAAGUAUGGCAAGAACAAUAGUGAAGCAGAUUCUGUGAAAAGUGCGCAAGUCCAAGUUAUUCUUGACACGUCUCCUGUUCUUCCAUCGCCAUUUCUCCAUGUUUUUUCCAAGUCAGUGAUCGUUGGUUGGACGUUUCCCGUCAAUUCAUAUGUUAAAACUGUAAUGGUCAAGUACUGGAAUCAUCAAACAACAAAGACUGUGAAUGCAUCGUAUCCUGCUACCAAUCUUACCAUAACUGGCUUAUCACCUUGUACGUACUAUAAUGUGACUAUGAAGGCUGUUAGYGAACUGGGUAAUGGACCAUGGACUACAAUCAGGAAUAUCAAAACAGACUCGGAAUUACCAAAAGUUGCCCCCAGUGGUGUUAGUGCACGAGCGAAGACGUCUCAAAGCAUACUAGUUACAUGGAAG